AGUAACAACAUCCCAAUCCUAACAUCGUGGUCGUGUUGGUUAGUGCAGCUGGUGCUAUGUGUGUCAUGCUGUAAAAAGGGAUAUUUUAUUAUUAUAAAAUUUAUGUAUUUUAGCAUGUACUGUAAUUUUCUCAGUUAACGUAAAAAUGGAUAGUUGGGAUAGUGACAACUUCGAGGUCACCACGCCUGCUAAAAUAGUUAAUAAAUGGGAAGGAGAAGAUGAAGACGAAGAUGUAAAAGACAGUUGGGAUGAUCCUGAGGAAGAAAAAAAGGAAGAAGAUCCAUCAAAAAUAACCACAGCUGCAGCAACGAAGAAGAAUAAAAAGAGUUUAGAAAAGAAAAUUGAGGAAAAAGAAAGGAAAAGGAAAGAAGAGUUAGAAAGGAGACAGAAUGAAAAACAAGGUGAAAUGACCCCAGAGGAAUUAUUAGCUGAGAAACUGAGAAGGCAACAAUUACAAGAAGAAUCUGACCUACUGUUGGCUAAACAGCUAUUAGGAUCUUUCGAUAUACCUUCUGUUGGCCUUGACAGCCAAGAAGAUUUCGACAAAUUCAAAGAUGAAAUUGUGAAUAAAUUAGGUGAAUCCACUAAGAAGGACUAUUUUCCUACCUUCGUAGAACAACUAAUGCAGGCGAUGUGUGUCCAUUUGUCGUCUGGUGAUCUGAAGAAACUUUCUGCCUGGAUAAACAAUCUUCAUAUAGAAAAAUUAAAAAUUGAGAAAGGUGAAAAGUCUAAGAAGAAUAAAGGAAAAGGCAAAGCAAAAUUGAAACUGGAGGGCGAGACCGAUUAUAAUGAAUUCUCAGCGUACACCGAAGAUUACGAUGAUUUCAUGUAGUACUCAAACAGGAGUGGAGUGUGCUUAGUGCGCGAUCUGACACUAACGGACUUUUAGGAGUUAUAUAAUGUAAUCGGAUUUUUAAAACGACAUUUUAAUUGAAGGACAUAAGAUUUAUUUAUUUGUUAUAAGUUUUGUUUUUAAAGAAAUUGUAUUUUUGAUAUAUGGGUUUUGUAAUAUUAACACACUUUUAAGCUCAAACAGUCUUAAGCAGGUUUCAGCCUCUGUUAGGUAUUUUGUCAUACUAACCUCUUUUAACUUUUCAGUCAUCACAAUAUUUUAAUUUUUACAAAAAGUAAUUUAUCCUGUAAAAUUGUUAUCUUAAUUUAAGAAGUGUAAAUAUUCAAACAGCUCAUGGAGCACAACUGAUAAUCACUAUAGUACUGCUGAUAUUGUAUUUCUUGCCUAUUAAUCAGUGAAAUUGUACAUUUAGCUAAGAUUUGAUUUGUUUAAAUUGCAAAAGUGUGCAAAUGCGCAUUUUAUUUAGUAUUUUGCACAUGCAACUGAAAUGUUAUUUUCUGGGGUAAGUUGAAGUGAUGGGUUAAAACUUUUUGGUUGAUGUUCGUAUAAUGUUAUCCAGAUAUUUAGAAAAUACUGUUAUAAAAAUUAUAAACGCACCAUGCUCCAAAUAUACAAUAAAUAUAUUUUGAGGUGGA